UGGCAUCCGUGGUUCAUGCCCGCGCGCAGCACAUGUCACAUGGCUAGUGCGUGGUUGACCACCUGAGCGCAGAGGCCUCUUGCCUGCAAGAUGUGGGCUUUGGCGUCUUCUACAAACACACCAAUAUGUACAAACAUUAUUGCUCCCAUGGAGGAAGCAGGCGUAGCGCUAAAGCUCAGUAUUUACGCAUAUGUCUCUUGAAUUACGCAAUGGUAGAACAGUAUCUUGCCGUAGGGGUCAGGGUAAUGCAGUCCAUCGCAAUUUGAUGGAUAAACUAUCCUUAUAGCCGAUCUCAUGCAGUGUAAUGAUAAGGCUUGUAUGCCUCCUGAUCUAAUUUUUAUUCUGUAUGCAUUCAUUUGCCUCCAAGUCAUGUGUUCCUUUGUAGGCUUUCACAGGUAAAAAAAAAAAAAACCCUGUGCCUUCCAAUAGACGUAUGAAAGCCAUUGUUGAAUCCUCUCCUGACAGGAUUAGCUGCAUCAGGGUGGUCACACAUUGCAAAUUUCGAGGCUGACUUAAGCCUACUGAUGCCUUACCAGAAGCCUCAUCCAUCUUCUUAUCUUCAGCAUAACAAACAUCAUUUCGAAAACUGUGUUUGUAGGAGUACCACAUGUUAAAAGCCCACCAUUCUUCUCUAUGAACAAUUUUCCUUCUUCCCUCAUUGGAUAUCAUGUGUCUUGCAUCUAUGAACCUUCCUCAUGCACACUGCAGCUCCCUUCAUCAUUGCAUCAUCACGCAGUGGAAUCUCACAUCUACACUGAUAACAUCUGGAGUUUAUUACGACUUCAUCAUGGCAGAAGCAGAAUCAUCUUCCCUUGAGAGUCCUAUGAAGAUUGUUGUUGCAAAAGAUCCUAAGCGAUUUCGGCCUACUGGUGAUAAGAUCAAGGUCCUGAAUCGUAUCCCAGAUGACAUCCUCAAUGAUGCUGAGCUUCAGGCAGCCAUGAAGUCUCUACCAGAGAAUUACACCUUUGAAAUUCCUAAGACAAUAUGGAAGAUCAGGGAGGCAAAAGCCAAGUGUGUUGCAUUGCAAAUGCCAGAGGGACUUUUAAUAUUUGCCACAACCAUUUCUGAUAUAAUUCAGCAUUUUACUGGUGCAGAGACUGUCAUUAUGGGUGAUGUCACAUAUGGAGCUUGUUGUGUUGAUGAUUUCACAGCACGGCUCUUAGGUGCUGAUUUUAUGGUUCACUAUGGGCACAGUUGCCUAAUCCCAAUUAAUGUAACAUCUGGCAUUAAAAUGCUCUAUGUAUUUGUGGAAAUUCGAAUUGAUGUGGUCCAUUUAAUUGAGACAGUGAAAUAUAACUUCAAGAAAGGGACUAAGCUGAUGCUGGUCAGCACAGUGCAGUUCUUGUCAGCUCUCCAUGCUUUGAAGGCAGAACUGAUGCAAGAGGGAUAUGAGGUACUUGUCCCACAGAGCAGGCCCUUAUCUGCUGGAGAGGUUCUGGGAUGUACUGCUCCUACUGUUUCUGCUGAAGAUGCACAAGUUCUCCUCUAUGUAGGGGAUGGGAGAUUCCAUCUAGAAGCUGCCAUGAUUGCAAAUCCAUCACUGGAGGCAUACAGGUACGAUCCCUAUAGUCGAAUACUAUCUCGAGAAAGGUAUGACCACAGCAAGAUGAAGAGCAUGCGAUUACAUUCUAUUGAGCAGGCAGCUCAGGCUAAAACAUUUGGACUCAUUCUGGGAACACUUGGCCGACAAGGAAACCCCAAAGUUCUCCAAAACUUGGAGGACCAGUUGAAGGCACAUGGGAAGGAGUGUAUCAUCUUCCUGAUGUCAGAGAUCUUUCCAUCCAAGCUGGAUCUGAUCCCAUCCAUUGAUGCGUGGGUGCAAGUAGCUUGUCCUCGCCUGUCCAUUGACUGGGGUCAUGCAUUUUCACGUCCUCUCCUCACUCCCUAUGAAUGCAUGGUUGCCCUUAAGACUACAGAGUGGAAAGACAACUACCCCAUGGACUUCUAUGCAAAUAGUUUCCUUAAGUGUAUUCCAGGAAUCAUGAAGUACAUAAAAGAGGCAACUGUCCAGGAAUUUCUGCAAUACAAGACACUUGUGCCUGCUAUUGAAGAGGCCAUGAAACUCUUCUCUCUCAAAUCUCCUGAUGUUGUUCAACCUGUUAGGUCCUCAAUCACAGUGGAGAAACAUAAUGGAUGGAUGGGUGUCAUGCCAUCAUACUAUGGCAAUGGAGAGAUUUUUGCCACAAAAGUAGUCUGUGUUUAUCCCAACAACAAGGAAAAAGGUCUUCCCACAAUUCCUGCCUAUAUUUUGCUCAUGGAUGCUCGAUGUGGCUCUCUUCUUGCUGUAAUGGAAGGAGAGACCAUCACAGCAAUGCGUACUGCUGCAGCUUCUGUAGUUGCAACCAAGCAUCUGGCCAAAUCAACCCAAGUUCUAGCUGUUAUUGGUUCUGGCAUUCAGGCUAAUAAUCACUGCCAUGCUUUCAGAGAGAUGUUUGACAUAAAGCAGAUUCGGAUUUGGAAUCACAGAGCUGAGGGUGCCAAGGCAUUGGCACAGAAGCUUGGUAAGGGGUCUAUUCACUGUUCUUCGGUGAAUGAAACAGUGAAAGGCAGUGAUGUCAUCAUUACAGCCACUUCAUCAUCCAAGCCUCUACUGUUUAAGGCCUCAGUUCCUCCCCAUGCUCACAUCAAUGCUGUUGGAGCAGCCCAGCCCACAUGGCAGGAGUUGGAUCCAUACUUAGUGCAAAUGAGUGACCUUUAUGUGGACAGCAAGGAAGGAGCACUGAAGGAAUCAGGUGAUGUCAUUCUCUCCUCUGCUUCCAUCAAAGCAGAAAUUGGAGAAGUUAUUGCUGGGCUGUUCAAUCCUGCACGAGAUGGAACCAUGCCCACCAUCUAUAAAUCCCUUGGUUUGGCAAUACAAGAUGCUGUGGCUGCCAAACUGGUCUACGAAGAGUGUUCCAAGAAGUCUGGUUCUGCUUUGUAAUGUGUCAUCAAUUGUCAUCCUGAUGUGACUGUCUUCUGCAGUCCAUCUUGGGGCAUGAAUGCCUCAAAUUAAUCCUUGGUACCAUGGAACUGGUGCUAGAUUAGAGCAAGUAUUUUAUAAUUUACCAAUCCUGAAUAUGUCUUAAUUGGAUUUUCAUACAUUCAUGACCUCAGCUGUGAUGGGAGGAAAGGUGCACUGUUUAUGACUUUAACAAAAGUGCACUGACUGCUGCCUUUCUCACCUUUUUGUGCCUGCCAAAACUUUUAAGUGGGUUUCAUUUCUUUCCUCAUUCUCUUCCUGAAUGGGUCCAAUCUGUUUGAUUGGCAGACUAUCUCAUAUGCUCUCAUAUAUUUUUUUAUGUGGAAUAUAUCUGUUGGAGUACAAAA